CCAAAAAAACCCUAAACGUGACCUGCGCCAUCUUCAUCCUCAAACAGCAUCUCCAUUAACGAAACAACAUCAUCCUCAUCUUCAUCGUUCGUCGCCUUCAUCGCACCCAUGACCGUUCAUCGCCUUCAUCCUCAUCUCUCUAAGCCAAUGACCCUCGCACCCGACCCUCUCUCUGUCGAACCCUUUCUCAACCCUCGUUCAUCUUCAUCGCACCCAGCCGUCAUCGCACCCAGCCGUCAUCUGUGUAAGCCAAUGACCGUCGCACCCAUACCGUUCGUCUAACCCUCGCACCCGACCCUCUCUCUGUGGAACCCUAUUGUUGUUUCUCAACCCUCGCCCAUCAACGCAACCCUCGUUGGCCCUCCUACUCCCUCAGCUCAGCGGUCUCUCUCUCGCAAACCCUCAUAAACACUGAUGGAUGAUCCUGUCCACAUUGAGAGGUUCAAUCAUGACUGCUCCAGGGAGCUUCAAGUGGCAUCUGCUGAGCGGCACAAGAUAUGCUCUCAGAAUUUUGACUUUUUCCUUGUGCUUGAUUUAGAGGGUAGGGUUGAGAUUCUUGAGUUUCCGGUUCUAAUGAUUAGUGCUAAAACAAUGCAAGUUGAAGACAUUUUCCACAGGUUUGUGAGGCCCACAGAAAUGAGUAAACAAAGAAUAAAUGAAUACAUUGAAGGGAAAUAUGGAAAAUUUGGGGUUGAGAGGGUAUGGCAUGACACAGCGGUACCCUUCAAGGAAGUUAUUCAAUAAUUUGAAGCUUGGCUAAUGCAACGUCAAUUGUGGAAAGGUGGGAGCCUUGUUGGUGCAGCAUUUGUAACUUGUAGAAAUUGGGAUUUGAAGACAAAGGUACCUCAGCAGUGUCAAGUGUCCAAACUAAAGCUUCCACCAUAUUUUAUGGAGUGGAUUAAUCUAAAAGAUGUAUAUCUCAACUUCUAUAAAAGAAGGGAUGAUGAGAGCCACAAUCACACACAGAGAGUUUUAAAGCAAAUGGUAGCAGGAGUUCUUCCUCCCACAUCAACUUUUUGUUAAUGAAUUCUUCCCCCAUCAACUUUUUGUUAAUAAUAGUUCUGCUGUAUAUCACUUUUUGUUUUUCCAUCCUUCAAAUCUUUGGGAACAUUACAGUUUUAAUUUAAAUUAUUAUUAUAGUAUGUAAAUAAUUAAUGUAAAUCAAUAAAAAAUUAAUUCU